ACUGCUCUGUCGCUCCACACCCAUCCACUGACGAAAAGAGAGGAGAGGGUACGACAGGAGCCACAAUGACAGAAUUAACAUGUAGGAGGCAGGAAUUUAAAAAGUGUCGGAGUGCAACUAUCAGCAUUGAUGGCUUCAGCUUCACCAUUGUUGCCAAUAAGGCAGUGGAAGGCACCAUCUGUCCACAAGCCCGCAUUUCACGCUCAUGGUCCCAGAAUGCACUAUGCACCGCUGUCACAGCUGGCAUCUCUGACCACAAAGGACUUCUGGUCAGCCUGCGCAGUGCUGAGGAGGUACUGGCUGAUGAGCUGCCAAUCCCUGAUGCACCUGACGCCAUGGAGAAGACUGCUCUCAGGUUGCGAUGUCUUGUAAAGCAGCUGGAGAGGGGGGAGGCAUCUGUGCUGGAUCUGAAGAAAAACCUGGAGAAUGCUGCCUCAGUCCUUGAAAGUCUAUACAUUGAGGAAACCAGGCGACUGUUGGAUCAGGAGGAUGAGCUCAGGGAUAUCCAGUCAGAAUCUGUACCAUCAGAAGUCCGGGACUGGCUGGCUUCCACUUUUACCCGUCAAAAGGGCCUGAUUUUUCACUGCCAUGAAGAUAAGCCACGCUUCCGCAGCAUUGUCCAUGUAGUGCAGGCUGGAAUCUUCGUAGAAAGGAUGUACAGACGAAACUCCAUCAUGGCUGGUUUCAGCUAUCCGCCAAAUGUCAUCGCUGUGCUCAAGCAUAUAGAUGUGUGGUCCUUUGAUGUAUUUGAACUGAAUGAUGCGAGUGGGGACCAUGCUCUGAGAUUUGUCUUCUGUGAAAUACUCACCAGAUACGACUUGAUAAAUCGUUUUAAGGUCCCGGUUUCUGCUCUCCUGUCAUUUAUGGACUCAUUGGAAAUGGGCUACAGUAAAUAUAAGAACCCCUACCACAACCUGAUCCAUGCUGCUGAUGUCACUCAGACUAUCCACUUCCUGCUACUCAACACGGGCAUGGUGCACUGGCUAACUGAGUUGGAGAUAUUUGCCAUCAUCUUUGCAGCUGCCAUCCAUGACUUUGAACACACAGGGACCACCAAUAACUUCCAUAUUCAAACCAGAUCAGACACAGCCAUGUUGUACAAUGACCGAGCUGUUCUAGAGAACCACCAUGUCAGUGCAGCCUAUCGCCUUCUUCAGGACGAUAAUGAAAAAAACAUCUUCUCCAAUCUUAACAAAGAGGACUGGAGAGAUCUGAGAACUUUGGUAGUGGAGAUGGUGUUGGCCACUGAUAUGUCUUGCCACUUUCAGCAGAUCAAAUCCAUGAAAAACCUCCUGCAGCAGCCUGAGGCGAUUGACAAACCAAAGGCGUUAUCUUUGCUGCUGCACACUGCUGACAUCAGCCACCCUGCAAAAAGUUGGGAACUUCAUCACCAGUGGACCACAUCAUUACUGGAGGAGUUCUUCAGACAGGGUGAUAAAGAAGCAGAGCUGGGUCUACCUUUCUCCCCUCUAUGUGACCGUACCUCAACAAUGGUGGCACAGUCCCAGAUUGGAUUCAUUGACUUCAUCGUGGAGCCAACAUUUACUGUAUUGACUGAGAUGAUUGAGACAAUUGUGACACCAGUUAUUGAGGAGGUAUCUCACUCUGGAUUGGCCAGCUUCGACCACUCCAGUAUUAAGGGCUCUGAAGGAAAGGGUUCGAGUGUCAAAAAUGCAGGCUCAGGGGCCAGUAGCUCCCUGACCACAGUUGACUUCAGGAGCUUCAAGGUCACAUGGAACCAAGAGAUUCAUCGCAACAGGGAAUUAUGGAAGUCCAUGGAAGUGAAAGACCCUCAACCUGACUGCCCUUUGGUUCAUUACUGUAAAAAACCUAGCUACUGUGCCAGGUCCUACCAGCUCAUAAGGCCAAAGACCACUGAAAGGGGGCCCAUUGAUGCAAGGGAGAAGGCCAGGAGACUGCAGCACAUCUCCCUGCAUCACCGAAAGUGAAGGCGGUUAAGUUGCCUUCUAUUACAACUGAUUAAUAAUGAUAAACAAUAAUUCCAUAGAUCAAUGGUUCUUCUGUGUGGUUUUGCUCUUUUUAUUUUUUUAUUUUUUUAUCAAUGUGUCUGACUAGUGUGCAAACAUGACACUUGUCCCAGUAACAAGAAAAUAUUACUUCUUUGUAAUAAAACACAAAGGUGGCACUCACUGAAUCAGUGUGAAUCAAAAUUGUGCUUCCCUUCACCAAUUUGCAUUUAGCUUUGUAUUUCUAGAAUAGUGAUAGUAUUUAGAAGAGUAGAAGAGGAAGAGGACACACACAAUUGAUCCAUGCUGUCGCUGUUCUGGAGUAGUGAAAACUAUUUUGAAGCUUGAUUUACACACACCAUCCCACCGAUGCUCCA